AUGGAAUUCGAUCCAAAGACUCCUCAAUAUCUUACGUCGGAUCCGUCGAGCUUCGCCUCGACCUCGGCCAAAGAGCGAUGGCCCGUUAUCAUAACCGGUGCCAUUGAUGAUCUCCACCGGUCUGUGGGAGCUGUGACAGAUGAGGAGAAGUCAAAGGAGGGCAAGAGCAUCAUCGAGAAGCUUGCGGCGAUGAAGUAUGAGCUGCAGCAUGACCGGAAAUUAACUCCCCUCGAUGAUGAUGGUCAUCCCGAUAUCGCCUCAUACAACCAGGAGCUCGAGCAGCGCGGAAACCCUAGUUGGCAUAGCGCAGCCUGGCUCUACGCCGAAUGUUACCUCUACCGCCGCCUUGAAACCUUCUUCGCGCUUUCCAAGCACUGGAAGGGGUACGACGUAUUCGCCCGCCAGAAGCUAUCCACUUUCAAAUCCUCUCGCCCUGCUGUUCUCGAGCUUGCUGCACGGUAUCGUGAACUAGCACUUGAGGCCGAGUCUGGAAAAGCAAUGCAUGACAAAUCUGCCAAGGAAAUCGAAGAAGCUGAGCGGCUACUCUUUUCGGAGAUGUGUGAGAUCUGUCUGUGGGGCAAUGCCACUGACCUGUCACUCCUUACCUCCCUCACCUAUGAGGAUAUCCAGAAAUUGCAGGGCUCAGAAGCCUGCAAGGCAUCGGAGAAGAAUAUCCUUGUCAAUGAUCUCGAUGCAGCAUUCGAGACAAUGCAGAAGGCCCGCUCCGAGAAGAAAGACGGCGAGCGCCGCGUCGAUAUCGUGCUCGAUAAUUCCGGCUUCGAGCUGUUCGUCGACCUGAUCUUGGCCGGUUAUCUCCUGUCCACCGGCCUAGCAACCAGUGUCAUUCUGCACCCGAAGCGUCUCCCUUGGUUCGUGUCUGAUGUCACGCCGAAGGACUUCUCGGAUCUACUCAGCUCAAUGUUCGACCCGCAAGCCUUCUACACCGCACCCGAUGACUCGGGCAAGGUCCAUCCCGCGCUUUCGGAUAAGGAGGAAGCCGAUGUGAAGUUUCUGUUCGAGCAGUGGAGCCAGUUCCAUCAAGACGGAAAGCUGAUCAUUCGUCCGCAUGCUUUCUGGACUACCCAAGGCUGCUACUGGCGCAUGCCCAACGAGGCGCCGGAGCUGUUCGAAGAUCUGAAGGAGAGUGAACUCGUCUUGUUCAAGGGUGACUUGAACUAUCGGAAAUUGACCAACGACGCUAUGUGGGACCCGACCACGCCCUUCACAACAGCCAUCGGCCCAAUGGGCCCAAAGUCCGGCAUUCGUGUCAUGGCCUUCCGCACCUGCAAGGCAGAUGUAGUUGUUGGACUUCCUGCCGGCGAAGACGAGAAGCUGCGGGCCUUGCCCAACGGCGGCGGUCCCGACGCUCGCAAGUGGGCAUGGGGUGGAAAGUGGGCUGUCGUGUCGUUCUCUGACGGCAAGGCCUAG